AUGGAGAAUGCUGUUAGGCGGUUUCAAUAUCAGUCUAACACUGAUAGUUUUAUAAUUUAUAUAAUGGCUGAUGAUGUCGAUGCUUUGGAUGAUGAUGAUGCUUUGAAUGAUGAUGAUGCUUUGGAUGAUGAUGAUGAUGAUGAUGAUGAUGAUGAUGAUGAUGAUGAUGAUGAUGAUGAGCAGGACGAGAAGGAGGAGGAUGAUAUUAAUUAGCGAAAAUCAGUGUCUUACCUUUUGUUGAAUUCGAUUUCGCUAAAAUCAAAGGGAAAGGUGAUUACAAUAAAAUGAAUAAGUUCAUUAGGAAUCAAAUGUUUAUGCAUUACUUCUAUUAACUAAAUAACAAAGAUUAUGUAUCAUGUAAAGUUUGAGAAUGAUAUACGCUUGUUAUUCAAUGGUAAUGUGAUGUGUACUACUAAUGUCGAC